AUGACCAUUGCCUUGGACGGCGAGGUGGUCGGACACUACAGCCACGUCUCGGCCGCGAAUUCCGAUACAUACAACUACAAUGUCACUAUAUAUAACAAUACAGGCCUCGCCAACACACAACAUCUCUUGCAGAUGACAGCGAUGCAGGACUCGCAGGCAUCUGUAAUUCUUUUCGACUGGGCCGAGUACACAAUCCCGUACUACUUCGACAGUGGCAGUGUCUACAUCCAUCCCAGUGAUCGCUUCGGUAACGUCCUUGUCGAAGCAUGGAACCACUACUUCCACCAACAGCCGUGCAUCGUCGAGUGCCUCUAA